AUGUGCAUUAUGGAAAUCUUAAGAGCAAAGCAAUGCAACGCUGAAAAGCAACAGGAAGCGGUAUCGGAAAAGAAAUUGAGUCUGGUUAUGGAAUAUUGGGAAACAGGUCAGGCAUCAGGCGGAGUAUUGUCCGUCCUGUUAGGGGCAAGAACAACCAGUCCUCCACCCAACCUCAGGGCAAGAACAACCAGUCCUCCACCCAACCUCAGGGCAAGAACAACCAGUCCUCCACCCAACCUCAGGGCAAGAACAACCAGUCCUCCACCCAACCUCAGGGCAAGAACAACCAGUCCUCCACCCAACCUCAGGGCAAGAACAACCAGUCCUCCACCCAACCUCAGGGCAAGAACAACCAGUCCUCCACCCAACCUUAGGGCAAGAACAACCAGUCCUCCACCCAACCUCAGGGCAAGAACAACCUGUCCUCCACCCAACCUUAGGGCAAGAACAACCAGUCCUCCACCCAACCUUAGGGCAAGAACAACCAGUCCUCCACCCAACCUUAGGGCAAGAACAACCAGUCCUCCACCCAACCUUAGGGCAAGAACAACCAGUCCUCCACCCAACCUUAGGGCAAGAACAACCAGUCCUCCACCCAACCUUAGGGCAAGAACAACCAGUCCUCCACCCAACCUCAGGGCAAGAACAACCAGUCCUCCACCCAACCUCAGGGUAAGAACAACCAGUCCUCCACCCAACCUCAGGGCAAGAACAACCAGUCCUCCACCCAACCUCAGGGCAAGAACAACCAGUCCUCCACCCAACCUCAGGGCAAGAACAACCAGUCCUCCACCCAACCUCAGGGCAAGAACAACCAGUCCUCCACCCAACCUCAGGGCAAGAACAACCAGUCCUCCACCCAACCUUAGGGCAAGAACAACCAGUCCUCCACCCAACCUCAGGGCAAGAACAACCAGUCCUCCACCCAACCUUAGGGCAAGAACAACCAGUCCUCCACCCAACCUUAGGGCAAGAACAACCAGUCCUCCACCCAACCUUAGGGCAAGAACAACCAGUCCUCCACCCAACCUCAGGGCAAGAACAACCAGUCCUCCACCCAACCUCAGGGCAAGAACAACCAGUCCUCCACCCAACCUUAGGGCAAGAACAACCAGUCCUCCACCCAACCUUAGGGCAAGAACAACCAGUCCUCCACCCAACCUCAGGGUAAGAACAACCAGUCCUCCACCCAACCUCAGGGCAAGAACAACCAGUCCUCCACCCAACCUCAGGGCAAGAGCCAAUAGCUCGCACAACAAGGGCCGCCUAGAGAGUCAUAAACACGGCCCCCAAGAUGCGUUCAUUCUUCCUUUGUCCUGA